AAACUAAAAUCUGAACUAAAUAUCUAAAAUGGUGCAGUUUCUUUUUUUCAAUCUAGUUUGUAGAGUAGGAUAUCAUUUUGAAGGGCACUUUCUGCUCUACAAGAAUCACUCAAUGUGUAAAGUGUUUGCUGCCAUCUGUAGGUUAAGACCUGAACAAUCUUGCAUUCCUACCACAUGACAUUGCAUGCUGUCACACUCACAGUGUAUCACAUUCGUACACCAAAAUGCCACGAAAACACCAGGGAUUUGUCAAAAAGAGGAAAGGUUUCAAUGGAACCAGGUGGGAUGGUGUUAAAAGAGCCAAAUAAGAUGAUACUACAGUUCCUCUACAAGAGACAGCUUCAGAAAGGAAGCUAAAGCUCAACAAUUCCCCUGCAGCCCAAAAAACACAGCCCUGCCCCACCCAUUAGGAAACGCGUCAUGUUUUGGAGGGCUAUUACUUGAUCAGUGGGCCUCUCCUGACAUCUGCCCUAAAAGAAGCUCAUGUACUGUAUGCCCAGGAGGACACCUAAUUCCACUAGAGGAUGCAUCAAAACGGAAUGGGUUACGAUCAUUCCUCAUCCUACAGUGUUCUGUCUGUAAGGCAGAGCACUCAUUCCUCACCUCUGAAAAUAUCUUCAAGGGAAAAAGGCCAGAGUCCUGUUCCGAUAUUAACAGGAGGGCAGUAAUGGCAGCAUCAGAGGUUGGACUGGGCAGAGUGGGACUUGCUGAUCUCACCAGUAUACUUGGACUCCCCCCGCCACCAGUUCAGCAGAGCUACCAGCGCCAUUUGAAAAAUAUAGCAAAGGCUAAAAAAACGGCUGCCGAAGACCAAAUGAAGGAUGCCGCACAGCACCUGAGGGACAAGGCUAGGGAGAAGGACCCCUCCAUCGGACCUGACGAUAUUGUUGAUGUGGCAGUCUCAUUCGAUGGUACAUGGCAUAGGCGUGGGCACUCGUCGAAUCAUGGGGUGGGGGUGGUGAUUUCAGUAGAUACGGGCGAGGUUUUAGAUCAGGAGGUUUUGUCAAAAAUAUGUGGGGAAUGUAAUGCUAAGAAGGGAUGGGAUAAGGAGGGGGAGAGGUAUAAGAAGUGGGAGGCUGGGCAUUCAUGUGAUGGGGGUCACAAGGGUAGUAGUGGGGGGGGGGGGGUGGAAGCAAUAGCAGCUCAAACUAUGUGGCGUAGGGCAGUAACUCAAUAUAGAUUAAGAUAUAAAUUCAUGGUUAGUGAUGGGGAUAGCAGUUCUUUUAAGAAGAUAGAAGAGAUCUAUGGGGAAGGGCAUAAGGUAUAUAAGAUGGAGUGUGUAGGGCAUGUAGGGAAAAGGAUGUAUAAAGCUUUGGACAACUUUCGCAAGGAUCAUUCCUGUCAAAAAUUAAGUGAUGGUAAGAGGGUAGGGUAUGGGAAGGGGAACAUCAGACACACAAUCAAUAGGAAGAUUAUCUAGGUUAUGUAGGGGCGCUAUUCUAAGAAUGCUAAUAGGGACGCGUUAGAUAAUGUAGAAGAUAAGGCUAAAUCUGUAGGAAAAAUGCGCAGGGCGGUAUUCUGUUCUUUAUC